AUGGCAGGUCCUAUCCAGCUGGGGGAUGUCAUCAAUUUCAGCAAGCUCGCCUGGGACGUCUAUCGAUUCGGUUGGGAUAACGACUUCAACGCAACAAGGCAAUAUUCUGAAUUCGGCCGCGACGUACGAGGGCUCGCCGAGAACCUUGACAUCCUAAGUCGCGUGGUGAACAAAGCGGACCAAUCACUGCGCCAAGAAGGAGCCUUCAAGCCGUUGCGCUGGGAUCGCUCGUCCCUCGACGACAUCCUUGGGGACUACGAGGAAACCCUCACCGAAUGCUUCCAUCUAAUCGAGAACAAUCAUCGUUAUCGUCUCAGCAGUGGCCCACUCAGGAACAUCGAGUGGAAUGUUCUCGUAGCGCCUUCCGCAGAUCGACUACGAGCGCGUAUAGCACUACACAACUCGAAAGUCCUCCAUGUGCUGAAACCGUUUGAAAUCGAUCUGCUGUGCCGGGUCAGGGAGGACAUUCGCCUCGUACACCAGGAUCUUGCCCAGCGCAUCAACGCUGUGCAUCUCGACUUGCACCGCCUCAUUGGAGUUCUGGUUCCGGACCUCGAGCAAGCUCUUGCUCAGCAGGCUCAUCGAGAGCUAGUUCAACUUGAGAUACCAGCCACUGUUGCCGAGGGCUUCCAACACUCGUGGACGGCAGAGAGGCCGGAGGAUGGUUUGGAUCCAGGUCUUCGGGAGAUGGCAGAUGCCUUCGUCCUCCACUACCACAGGUCCACGGUAAACUUCACCGCCGGCAUCCUCGUGGAGAACAGGAUCCCCGAGCUCGAGCAGUAUGUGAGCCUCUUGAAGUGUGUCUGGGUGAUGCAGCGCAUUCGCGAAUCGCCCGAGCUACACCAAUCGACCACCGGCUUGUCACACUGGCCUUCAUACAUUCAAGAGCUCGAAGACGACCUCGGCUCUCAAUGCGAUCGCUUCAGGCACGACCUCGUGGCACCAAGCUUGAUCGGUUUGACGCCUGAGAUGCUGGGCAUCUGGCCUGAGAAGGAGCUGGCGCAGCUAGUGGAUGUGGUGACAAGGGACGCGCUCAUGGAGCAAGUCUUGGACAUACCAUUGCAAGGAGCCGCCGCCAACGUCCAAAGAAAACUCCAACUGCUCCGCCGAAUGGGUGCAGACGGGAAGCGCUUCCGUAUCAACAUCUCCGGCGUGGAACAAGGAGGCACGAGUAAGAAUUCGCGUCGCCAAGCCGAGACCAUCGACUUCGACAUCACGACCGUCAUCAUCAACCCAUUAUAUGCCGUUCCGUCAAACUCCGGCGCAUGGGACAUGAUCUUGCGGAAGGACGAGCGGGUCGCCAAGCUGGCUUUCAUGCAGCUCAAGGACGCCGUCAAAUUCCAGCAAGCUGUCACUGGCUUCAAGGCCUUUGAUAAUUAUAGCCAGUACAAGGCCAUGGUCAGCUUCGUCGUCUCAGGCAAGGGAGAACCGAUUGUUGAGAACGCCUGCAUACAGCUGUGGAUUCCAAAGCAGCUCGACGGGCAGCUCGUCACAAACAACGAGUCUUUGGUCGAGAAAACCAAUUCAACAAGGUCUGGAUCCGUGUUAUCUUCGGCAACCAGCACAGCAUCGAGACAGAGCACCAUUCGUGGGCCCUGGGACACCGCCAACCCCUUUACGACCAGCCCGACCGAUACGGUGUCCAUGUGGAACAGUAUGGGUUCGCCAACAGGAUCUGCAGCGCGGAGCCCGUCGAUUUCACCACCAUCGGCGAUGAACAACCCGGCAGGGGCUCGGUCUCCGAUGGCUAUCCCGCGCCGGCCGGUGGGUUCGGGAAGCAGGCAGACGGCGGCGUCACUACCUAGUGGUAGCCGGCAAGCAACUACUUCGACAUCGCCAACCAGUCCUCGGUCGUCGAGCUUGUUUCCGGGGUCGUGGCAAUCGAGGGCGCCAUCCGUAUCAACAACCAACACGCGCGCCGACAGGACGUUCAGCAUGUCGAGCAACAUAUCAACAACCACGUCGCCAUCCAACAACAGUUCGAGUGGCAGCGAAGCGCGUACGGCGACUGUCAGCAUCGGCGGACACACAACGGGGACCGUCCACCGGCGUCCACCCAAGCCCAUGCUGGUGUUGUUCACACGGAAUCCGCAGACGGGUGCGCUGACGAUGGUGACGGUAGACAUUGACGAAGACACUGAGGUCAACCCGGACCGGUGCAACUGUCGGCGGUCAGGACGGGACGGGUCAUCGUGCCAGAUUGCCGCCAUCGAACAGAGCCGGGGUAAGGUGGAGAUGUCGGUGCGACGGUUCGAAAGCCACGAUGGCGACGUGGACUGGAAUCUGGCCAAGCUGGCUCUCGGUCGGCGAGGGGAAAGGGAGCACGCCGCGGCGGCUUGGAAGGACGUCCGACGCAUCAGCAUUAUGUUCCCGACUGCGGAAGACAGAGCCAAAUUCGGAGGAACGCCCAACAACUGUCAGUGCAGUACGAGAACGGAGGCGGAGCUGGGCCAGUGCCUCAAAAAGAUGCACAAAGGAUUCCUGGGACUCGUCAGGGAAUCGGGUCGACAGCAGCUCAACGAGUACCAUCGGACCAGAUUCGGGUCGCAACAUGAUGUGGUUCGCGGGAUGAGAGACGACUAUCGAUGA